CCCCUCUCGGCCUCUCCUCUCAUUCGUCCAGACUUGGGGAGAUCAGUUGUAUGUACGUCACAUUCCGCAGUUAGUCGAGCCCAAGCCGGCUAGCUAUGGUGCACGAUAAAGUAGGAAUAAUGCGACGCACAAAACUCCUCCUCUUUCAUCUCCUAAUAUUCUGUUUAAUCUCGAAAAUCAAAUGUGAAGUUUCGGAGAACGAGAUCCCCCUGGAUGAAUCACCUGAGAAAGAGACCGCAGAUGCAGCAAGCGAAGAGGUACAACCGGUUGCAGCUAAUGUUGGAGAUGAAAUUGAUAAUGUAAGGGAAGAAAAAGAGCGCAAAGUAGAGCAAAUCGAGAGACUAGUUCCGGAUUUUGAAAGUAUGACUUUGGAGGAGAUUUAUAAGACUGCAGUUGACACUUAUCUGGAUGAACAUUGGGAGGAGUGCAUCAUUGGAUUUAAUCAUUUUCUUCAAAGAUAUAAAUCCUACAAAAAUGCUGUAAUAAACUGCCGGAGGAAGUGUCGCCAUGAAGCAUCAGAAGCUCCUCCAAUUUUCAUCGAAAAUGUGGAAGACCUUCACUUUUACGAGAAAAAAAUUCGUGAAACCUUGUGUCUUCUGAACUGCAAUCAAGAUUACCGAGAUGCAAUGGGUCCACAGUCGCUUAAACGAAUUUCCAGAGAAAUGGAGAAGGAAAUUCUCGGUCUAAAGCCCUAUGAAUACCUUCACAUAUGUUAUUACCAGAGAAAUCGAUUUCAAGAAGCUGCUAAUGCUCUUUUCACGUAUAUGACUGUUCAUCCAAAGCACGAGAUGAACUCCAAGAAUUUGCGAUACUACCUGACUCUCAAGGAAGUCGAUGAGAGUAAAGUGAAGAAUUUGGAAAUGUCUCCAUUUCUCGAAUAUUAUAUGAAAGGUGUUGAUGCUUAUGAAGAGGAAUUGUAUGAUGAGGCUGCAGAGAAUUUCGAGAAAUCCUUGAAGUUGUAUAUGAAGUCUGAAGAUGAGUGCAGAUUGUACUGCGAGGGCUCUUUUGAACAAGGAUGGCAUCCAGAGUUCACUUCUUCAAUAGCAAAUCAUUUCACGUAUUGCCUGAAGUGCAAACGACUGUGUUCCCAAUUAUUAAACAACUUCAACGGUGACUAUCAAAGGGAACUUCUACCAAGUCAUUACAACUACUUACAAUUUGCCUAUUACAAAUUGGGCGAGAUCAAAAGCACUUGUCAGGCUGUGGAAAGUUACCUGCUCUUCUAUCCUGCUGAUGAAACAAUGCUGAAUAAUAAAGAAUACUACAAAAAAUUACCAAAAGUGGAAGACCAACAGGAUGAAUAUUUUAUCGCACGUCCGGAGGCUGUUGAUUAUGUGAAACGCCAAGAGUACGAGUUGCGAAUACUCAGAUAUAUCGCUGAUGAAUUUACAAUUAUUGAUGCUAGAAUAUCUGACGCAAAGAAAUCCAAUGCUUAUAAUGAAAAGGCCAAGGGACGACAACCAUUUGGAGGAGAGAUAUCCAUGAAUGAAUCUAGAGUUGGAAACGUCAAGAGUUCAAAGAUGGGAAUUACGGAUUCUUGGCGGCAAUCACAAACUGAAUUAUUUCAAGGAAUAAAUGUUAUUGCCGAAGAGGGGGAACUUAAAGGACGAAUGAGGUACCUUGCUGAAGGCUUCUUGACAGAAACCCAGUGCAAAUCUCUGAUUCAAUUGGCAGACAAAGCAGCUGUUGAAGGUGAUGGAUAUGCCCAUAAUACGAGUCCUCACUCAAAAUUUGAGAAAUUCGAAGGCCUCACAUUAGGAAGAGCCGCUUUGAUGGUCUACUUUGGACUUCUCGAGCCGGUCCAUCUAGAUCUUUUCCUCAAAGCCACCGAACUCGCUCGUAUACACGUUGAAAAACACUUCAAUCUUCCUCAAACACUCUACUUUACAUACACUCAUUUGGUCUGUCGAUCCGCUCUUCCCGGAAUAUUCUCCGAUGGAUCGACGUUCAGUCACGAAAUUCAUGCAGACAAUUGCUUAGCAAUAGAAAAAGGAGUUUGUCUCCACCAGAAGCCGGCAUUUACCUGGAGGAAUUAUUCAGCCAUUGUCUAUCUCAACGAUGAUUUCGAGGGUGGGGAAUUUGUUUUUUCCUCUGAUCCUAAAGCCAAAACGAUCGAGAGUAGUGUCAAACCAAAGUGUGGGCGAAUGGUAGCGUUUUCUGCUGAUGGGACCAAUCUCCAUGGAGUUCGAGGGAUUAAAAAGGGAAAGAGAUGUGCCUUAGCGCUCUGGUUUACCCUGGAUGAGAGAUACAUCGAGAGUGAGAGGAGAUUGGCUUAUGUAAUCUUGAACAGAGUGGAUUUAAAAGGUCCUGUCAACGUCCACAGGAAUUUUUCCAUUCCUGAGAACUACGAGAGAAUACUCCGAGAAAAAUUCCGGGAAGAUGGUGUUCUCAAAUUGCUGCUGUCGUUAUCCUAGGGAUAUACUAGAUUCCUUCUGACAAAACAAAAAAUAUCAGUAUUUACUCAGUUGUGAACAUUCUUUUUUUAAUUAUUCAGUGCUUACUUAGUGCUUGGUGUCCGUUAUUACUACAGAAACCCGCGAGUGCUGGACACUCGAGAAAAAUGUAAGGCUGGUACGCAAAAAGGUUCUUUAAACGCUUACUUACCGAUCGAUAAACGCUGUGUCAAUUUUUAAUGAAAAAACAAGACAAUUAAAAAAAAACGUAUUUGAAUGGUCGUAUUUGGUGAAUAGGGUGCAUUAUUUUAUAUAAAAUAUCCUGAUUUUUUAUUAGCACAAAUACCGCAUGCCAAGAUCGGAUUCCCGUAUUUACAUAACUGACCUAGGGUGUAACAUGAGUUCAUAUGUUUGUUCACUUCUUUCUAGUUCUUUCAAAAUAUCCUUGUGAUUUUAUACAGCAUUAAUUUUAGUUUACAAAUCGUUUUCGAACUUCUUGCUUAGCAUUUGACUUCACUAUACGCCAACGGGAUACGAAAAAGAUUUAACUUUAACAGAGAGAAAGAGAAAUAAUGCGGUAUUCACUUGGAGAAAAAUCGUUUCGGAACAUUGGAAAAGCGAUUGUUCCUCACGAUCUAAUAAUACAAUUGGUCAAAUAACAAGACAAUUCCAGUUAAAAAUUUGCGUCAACAUCAAUCAUAAAAAUUCAUUGACCAGAUAAAUCAAACUCUCACCUUAAAUUCUGCCAUUUGAAAAAUCAAAUAUUGUUUUUCAACAGAGUAAAUGAAGAUUGACAAACAACUGAACAGAAAAAGCCAAUUCCA